AGCAGCCUCGGCCUGGGCUCGUGUUCGGUGCUGCGCCCGGCCCCCGCGCGCCAUGCCAGCCCCGUCAUGCGCUCAGACAGCCUCUGGGAAUCGGAGGACGUGUUGAACGCCGUGUUCGUGCUGCUCGGGCCCUCGCUCGUCUGCGCCGUGGGGUCCGUGGCCCGCGCCUGGCGCCACCGGGCGGAGGACCCGGCGCUGUGGGCGCAGCUGCUGCCAGGCAGCGGCGGCGGGGGCCCGAGGAGCAUCGGCGCGCCGGCGCGGGCGGUGCGCGAGGGGCGCAGGCUGGCGGUGGCCGAGCUGGGCGGGGCGCCCCCGGCCUGCGCCCGGGCGGUGGCGCUGCUGGACCUGCUGGGGGACGCGCUGGCGCUGUGCGAGUCGGCCCCGAGCAGCUCCCCAGGCGAGUGGGUCGCGGUGGAGGUCCACGACCUCCGCGCGCAGGGCUCGAGCCGCAGGCGGCGCUUCGAGAAGGUGACGCGAGGUGCCACGGCGCUGAGGCUCCUGGACGGGAGCCGGCACGUCCUCGUUGCGGGGAGCUGUCCUUCCAGGCCUCUGGCGCUGCUCGACUACUCGUCGGAGGCGCCGCACGGCGACUGCUCGCGGGAGGCCUCAACCCAGACGAUUGAUGUUCGGCAGGCCGACAUCGAGGCGGUGCGAGGCCUGGCCAGCCUGCCCCCAGCCGGCCCGCCCAUCUCGUGGCUGGCCCGCGUCAGCGGCGACAGGGCCGUGGGCGCUCAGGAGG